GACGGCGGAGCGGUGGUGCCAUGCAGGGCUGUCAUUGUGGCCCCCGAAGUUGAAGGACCCCCUCCUCCCCCCGUGCCCAUUCAUGGCUCUGUGGACUCUGCUGCUCUUCUUGCACCUUGUGGGCUCCGCGGCCGACCUGCUGCUCCUCAGCACGUUCCGCUCCGCGCAGCCCACCAACAACUUCGCGGUGGACUCGGCGGGGCGGCGGAUGUACCUGGCGGCGGUGAACCGGCUGUACCAGCUGCGGAGCGGGGAUCUGCGGGCGGAGGUGGCGGAGGUGACCGGUCCGGUGCUGGACUCCCCGCUCUGCCACGCUCCGCAGGUCCCGGACUCUAUCUGUGACGUUCCGCGGGCUCUAACCCCCAACUACAACAAGAUCCUGGAGCUGGACGAGGAGCAGGGGCUCCUACUGACCUGCGGAUCAGUCUACCAGGGGCUGUGCCAAUUCAGGCUCCCGAGCAACAUCUCCCUGCUGGCGGUGCCGUUCCCCCCGAGCAACGUGGUGCCCAGCAUGCUGAACGUCGCCGCCAACCAUGCCAACGCCUCCACCGUGGGGCUCCUGCUGAAGGGCCCCGACACCAGGCUCCUGGUCGGGGCCAGCUACACCGGGUACGGCAGCCAGUUCUUCUUCUGGAACCAGAGCGUGGUGGACCACCGGUUCGAGAACAGCCCCGAGAUCUCCAUCCGGGCCCUGAACACCGCCACCCCCACCAAGCUCUUCACCUUCGACAUCAGCCCCUCCGACGACAACAUCUUCAAGGUGAAGCAGGGCAACAAGCGGAACAUCCGACUGGUCUUCAUCCGGGCUUUCCAACAGGACGGCUUCGGCUACCUCGCCAUGAACCUAGAGCCCGCCCCCGCGGGGAAGGAGAGCCGGCCCAGCAGCGCCAUCGCACGCCUCUGCCUGACGCCGGAUCCGCGGGGGGACACCCGCAAGCUCACCGAGUCCUACAUCCAGCUGGGCCUGCGCUGCGAGGGGCCCGAGGGGGCCCUGUACGGGCGUUUGGUGUCUGUUUUCGCGGAGCCUGGAAGGAUGUUUGGGGUGUUCGAGGGUCAGAAGGAUAUGGCGGUGUGCGCUUACCGGCUCCGCGACGUGGGGAAGGAGAUCCGCGAGGCGCGGAGCAGCUGUUUCGAAAAGAAGGAUGAUGGGGAGGUGCUGGUGCAGGUGCUGGAUAGUGUGGUGCAAGGCGGAGGGCCCAAGUGUGCAGGGAAGAGCACCAAUAGUGAGAGGAGCAUCAAGCUGCAGGAAGAACAGUUGGAUUGUGGGGCCGCGCAUCUCCAGCACCCGCUCACCAUCAAUCGGCCUCUGUCUGCCACCCCGCUCUUCAAGGCUCCCGGACUGACCUCGGUGGCGGUGGCCAACGUUAGCGGCUACACGGUGGCCUUCCUCGGCACGGCAGGUGGACAGCUUCUCAAGAUCACUCUGGACGAUGACAUGAAAAUCGUGAGCCGCCAGUCCCUUCUGAUAGCGCGAGGGGAGCCGAUCCACCACAUCAUGCGAUUCCACCCCGUGACUCCCACCCACCUCUACGUCAUGACCACCCAUCAGAUGGCGAAGGUCAAAGUGGCCGAUUGCAACAAGUUCCAAACCUGCGCAGAGUGUCUGGAGGCAGCCGAUGCCUAUUGUGGUUGGUGCACCAUGGAAGCCAGGUGCUCCAUGCAACAAGAAUGCUCUAAUUCUGAAGAGGGGGCGUUCUGGACCAAUCCGAGGGGAGGGGUGCCGCAGUGUCCGGCGGUCGGAAUUAUCCCGGAUAAAAUCGACUUCGCCUCCGAGACUCAGACAAUCCUUCUCCAAAUCACUGGAAACCUCCCCAGUCUUCAGUUGAUGAACUCUUCCUGUGACUAUGGGAACGGCAUUCACUUGCCGGCCAGGAUUGUGGAUGACGCUGAAGAACAGUGGGCUCACUGCGCCUUCCUUCCACGGAAAAACUUCCCGGAAUUCCCCGCCAACCAAGAUCACGUAAACGUCACUCUGGGCGUCACCGUUGGAGGGAUCCAUAUUGCCGAAAGCAAUUUCAUUAUAUAUGACUGUGAGAGGACCGUCGACAUCCAUCCGAAAACAUCGUGCACCAGCUGUGUGACAUCGGUGUGGCCCUGUAAAUGGUGUGUGAGCCAACACAAGUGUUCCUCCAAUAGUUCCCGGUGUGACUCUACUGUUGAGAGUACAGAAGACUGCCCCCAGAUAACGACCACCUACCUGCCUCCCACACCGACCGGCAUCGCCACAGAGGUCACCCUGUCCUUGGCCAACGUCAACCUGACAAAGGAUCUGGGCCUGGAAUGUGACUUUGGACCACAACAGACCUUCCCGGCCAAGUGGGUGAAUUCCUCCUCCGUCUCAUGCAGCAAUGUCCUGCUCCAAACUUCAGAAAGCAGCCGGAAAUUUCAAGUGAACCUGCAGCUCAUCAACCACCCCGGAAAGUUCCUUGACAAUCCCAACGCGGUAACCGUGGAAGUUUACAACUGUGCAUCUGAGACCAACGACUGUUCCCUGUGCCUCGGACGCACGGAUUUAGGGCACCUGUGCGCUUGGAGUGACAGCAGCGCCUCCUGCAGACUGAAAAGUGAAUCACUUCCUGUUCAGGGCACUUGCCCUGCCCCUGAGAUCUGGAAGAUAGAGCCAGUGAACGGACCUUUGCUUGGCGGCACUCUGCUGACAAUCCUCGGACGCAAUCUGGGCAGCCGCCACAGCGACAUCGCGGACAAGGUGAGGAUCGGAGACGUCCCCUGUACGCCCAUCGCAGACAGAUACCUGGUGUCACAAGAGAUCGUCUGUGUGACGGGGGCGUCCGCUCGUGAGCUGAGCGAUUGGGUGAUCCUGGACAUCAAUGGAGGGGGACACUCAAAGGAGAAAUAUUCCUUUCUGGUGCCAAAGAUAUAUUCCAUGUUCCCAAGUCUUGGCCCAAAAGCUGGAGGAACCAAAAUCACCAUUUCCGGGGACCAGCUUGACAUCGGUGGAGACGUGCGCGUCCUGUUUGAUGACACCCUGGAGUGCCGAGACCUUGUACGCACAGAGAACCUCAUCCGUUGCACCGUUCCAUCAAUGGGCCUCCUUCCCAACACCAAUGUCACUGUUUGUGUCCAGUUCGAAAGAAGCGCGUGUCUAGAUCAGAAUUUCACUUUCCAAUACAAGGAGAACCCAGUCAUCAAAACCAUGGAGCCCAGAAGCAGCCACAUGAGUGGAGGUCGAAUCAUCACUCUCACUGGAGAACGGUUCGGCUUGAUUCAAGAUGUGAAGAUAAAGAUUAAAAACCAUAAUGGAGGACAAUUGAACUGCACGGUUAUCAGUGACACUGUGAUCACCUGCCCUUCCCCCACGGCGCCCAACACCACCAUGGAGAAAAUAAACAUGAGCGUGUCCUUCUACGUCAACGGUGUCUAUGAUCUGUCCAACGAGGAACUUGGGGAGGACCCAUCAGAGAAGCGAUCCUUGAAAAGCAAGUUCAGCCUGGAAUAUCAACCCAACCCUGUGUUCUACACCUCCCAGAGGGAGAAGUUGAUCAAACACCAUGUUGGAGAACCUUUGACUUUGGUGAUACAUAAAGAACACGAUGACCUGGGCCUGAGAGAGGACGAGUAUCAAGUCAAGGUUGGCCAUACUCCAUGUGAUCUGAUAGUUUUCAAUGACAAAGUCAUCCACUGCACCAUCAACGGGUCACUGGAUUCCUCAGAGCGCUACCAACCUGUUACUGUACAAGUCGGUAAAUACAACCAGACCAUCACCAUGCUUCACCUGGCUGGCAUAGAUACGUCAAUCAUUGUGUCCGUCAUUAUCUGUAGCAUAUUGUUGCUUCUGUCUGUGGUGGCGCUGUUUGUCUUUUGCACCAAAAGCCGGCGAGCUGAACGCUAUUGGCAGAAAACACUCGUACAAAUGGAAGAGAUGGAGUCCCAGAUCCGGGAUGAGAUCAGAAAAGGAUUCGCCGAGCUGCAGACAGAUAUGACGGAUCUCACCAAAGAACUGAACCGCAGCCAGGGAAUACCAUUCCUGGAGUACAAGCAUUUUGUGACCCGCACCUUCUUCCCAAAGUGUUCUUCCUUGUAUGAGGAUCGCUACACCGUGCCCAUGCAGAACUUCAACUCCCAACUGAAGAUUUCAGUGCCUGAGACCCACCCGCUGCUGUCCGAAGACUGGAGGGUCCCAGAAAGCUGUCGAUCAAAUAUGGAGGAGGGGAUCGUCACGCUGUCAACUCUCUUGAGCAAUCGCCAUUUCUUGGUGACCUUCAUCCAUGCGAUGGAGAUGCAGAAGGACUUUGCUGUGAGGGACAGGUGUAACUUGGCCUCUCUGCUCACUAUCGCCCUCCAUGGCAAGUUGGAGUACUACACGAGCAUCAUGAAAGAUCUCCUGGUGGACCUCAUCGACUCGUCAGCCCCCAAGAACCCCAAGCUGAUGCUUCGCCGGACCGAGUCGGUGGUGGAGAAAAUGCUGACCAACUGGAUGUCUAUCUGCAUGUACAGCUGCCUCCGGGAAACCGUGGGAGAGCCAUUCUUCUUGCUGCUGUGCGCCAUUAAACAACAAAUCAACAAGGGCUCCAUUGAUGCCAUCACCGGGAAGGCGCGGUACACCCUGAACGAGGAGUGGCUGCUCAGAGAGAACAUUGAGGCCAAGCCAAUGAACCUCAACGUGUCCUUCCAGGUCUGCGGCAUGGACUCGCUGAGCGUGCGCGCGUUGGACACGGACACCAUCAGCCAGUGCAAAGAGAAGAUCCUGGAGGCUUUCUGCAAGAACCUGCCCUUUUCCCAGUGGCCUCAGGUGGAGGAUGUGGAUUUGGAAUGGUUUGCCUCCCUUUCCCAACCCCUUAUCCUGCGAGAUCUGGACGAUACGUCACUCAUGGAGGACGGAAGGAAGAAGCUGAACACACUCUCACAUUAUAAGGUCUGUGAUGGAGCUUCGUUGGCCAUGAGCUUGAAGGAUCAGAGAGAUAACACAUUGGGGCGAGCAAAAGACCUGGACACUGACAAGUACUUCCAUCUGGUUCUCCCCACAGAUGACGUACUGGAACACAAA